GCGGCCGCGAGAGCCGUGUUUCUUCCAAGAUGGUGGCGCUGGGUUCGGGGUGACUACAGGAGACGACAGGGCCUUCUCCCCUUCGCCGCGACCCCGACACACCAGCCUUCGCUCGCUCGCGCACCCUGCCGCCGCGUAGCCAUCCGCCGGCCCAGGCGCCCGUCAUCCGCCGCCGAGCUACGCUUCACCUCUGUCGACCCCGCGCUCACGGCAGCGGGCGGCGGCGCCUCCCUCGGCUCCUCCUCGGAGUAGCUCGCGGCCUAUAGCCCCUGUCUGGAGGGCCCCGCAGCCCCCCAGCGUGGACGGACAGCGGCGGCCAGCGACAAACGCCGGGUUUUCAGCGGCCCCGGCGCCCCCUUUCCCGGCCUCGGUUUCCGGAGAAGGAAGCGCGGGUCCCGCAUGAGCCCCGGCGGUGGCGGCAGCGAAAGGGAACGAGGCGGUGGCGGGCGGAGGCGGCGGGCGAGGGCGACGACGACCAGUGAGGCGGCCGCAGCCCAGACGCGGGGGCGACGACAGGGUAAACAUCUUAAUUUCGAAUUACUGGGUCACUUGGUUAAAAAUCUGUAAGAGCCUGAUUUUAGAAUUCACCAGCUCCUCAGAAGUUUGGCGAAAUAUGAGUUAUUAAGCCUACGCUCAGAUCAAGUUAGCAGCUAGACUGGUGUGCCAACCUGUUUUUAAUCAGUGACUCAAAGCUGUGAUCACCCUGAUGUCACCGAAUGGCCACAGCUUGUAAAAGAUCACCAGGAGAACCUCAGUCUGACGACAUUGAAGCUAGCCGAAUGAAGCGAGCAGCUGCAAAGCAUCUAAUAGAACGCUACUACCAUCAGUUAACUGAGGGCUGUGGAAAUGAGGCCUGCACGAAUGAGUUUUGUGCUUCCUGUCCAACGUUUCAUCGUAUGGAUAACAAUGCAGCAGCUAUUAAAGCCCUUGAGCUUUAUAAGAUUAAUGCAAAACUCUGUGAUCCUCAUCCCUCCAAGAAAGGAGCAAGCUCAGCUUACCUUGAGAACUCGAAAGGUGCCCCUAACAACUCUGAGAUAAAAAUGAAUAAGAAGGAAGGAAAAGGACCUCGAAUUGAUUUUAAAGAUGUGACAUACCUAACUGAAGAUUUGGUAUAUGAAAUUCUUGAAUUAUGUAGAGAGAGAGAGGAUUAUUCACCUUUAAUCCGUGUUAUUGGAAGAGUUUUUUCAAAUGCUGAGGCAUUGGUCCAGAGCUUUCGGAAAGUCAAACAACACACGAAGGAAGAACUGAAAUCUCUUCAGGGAAAGGAUGAAGACAAGGAUGAAGAUGAAAAGGAAAAAGCUGCAUGUUCUGCUGCUGUUGCUGCUGCUGCUGCUGCUGCUAUGGAAGAGGAUUCAGAAGCAUCUUCCUCAAGGUUUGGUGAUAGUUCACAGGGAGACAACAAUUUACAAAAGUUAGGCCCGGAUGAUGUGUCUGUGGAUAUUGAUGCCAUUAGAAGGGUCUAUACCCGAUUGCUCUCUAAUGAAAAAAUAGAAACUGCCUUUCUCAAUGCACUUGUAUAUCUGUCACCUAAUGUGGAAUGUGAUUUGACAUAUCACAAUGUAUACUCCCGAGAUCCUAAUUAUCUGAAUUUGUUUAUUAUUGUAAUGGAAAAUAGAAAUCUCCACAGUCCUGAAUAUCUGGAAAUGGCUCUGCCAUUAUUUUGCAAAGCAAUGAGCAAGCUACCCCUUGCAGCCCAAGGAAAACUGAUUAGACUGUGGUCUAAAUACAGUGCAGACCAGAUUCGGAGAAUGAUGGAAACAUUUCAGCAGCUUAUUACUUACAAAGUCAUAAGCAAUGAAUUUAACAGUCGAAAUCUGGUGAAUGAUGAUGAUGCCAUUGUUGCUGCUUCCAAGUGCUUGAAAAUGGUUUACUAUGCAAAUGUAGUCGGAGGGGAUGUGGACACAAAUCACAAUGAAGAAGAUGAUGAAGAACCCAUCCCUGAGUCCAGUGAGUUGACACUUCAGGAGCUUUUGGGAGAGGAAAGAAGAAACAAGAAAGGUCCUCGGGUGGACCCACUGGAAACUGAACUUGGUGUUAAAACUCUGGAUUGUCGAAAACCACUUAUCCCUUUUGAAGAAUUUAUUAAUGAACCACUGAAUGAUGUUCUAGAAAUGGAUAAAGAUUAUACUUUUUUCAAAGUAGAAACAGAGAACAAGUUCUCUUUUAUGACAUGUCCCUUUAUAUUGAAUGCUGUCACAAAGAAUUUGGGAUUAUAUUAUGACAAUAGAAUUCGCAUGUACAGUGAACGAAGAAUCACUGUUCUCUACAGCUUAGUUCAAGGACAGCAGUUGAAUCCAUAUUUGAGACUCAAAGUCAGACGUGACCAUAUCAUAGAUGAUGCACUUGUCCGGCUAGAGAUGAUCGCUAUGGAAAAUCCUGCAGACUUGAAGAAACAGUUGUAUGUGGAAUUUGAAGGAGAACAAGGAGUUGAUGAGGGAGGUGUUUCCAAAGAAUUUUUUCAGUUGGUUGUGGAGGAAAUCUUCAAUCCAGAUAUUGGUAUGUUCACAUAUGAUGAAUCCACAAAAUUGUUUUGGUUUAACCCAUCUUCUUUUGAAACUGAGGGUCAAUUUACUUUGAUUGGCAUAGUACUGGGUCUGGCUAUUUACAAUAACUGUAUACUGGAUGUACAUUUUCCCAUGGUUGUCUACAGGAAGCUAAUGGGGAAAAAAGGAACUUUUCGUGACUUGGGAGAUUCUCACCCAGUUCUAUAUCAGAGCUUAAAGGAUUUAUUGGAAUAUGAAGGUAAUGUGGAAGAUGAUAUGAUGAUCACUUUCCAGAUAUCACAGACAGAUCUUUUUGGUAACCCAAUGAUGUAUGAUCUAAAGGAAAAUGGUGACAAAAUUCCAAUUACAAAUGAAAACAGGAAGGAAUUUGUUAAUCUCUAUUCUGACUACAUUCUGAAUAAAUCAGUAGAAAAACAGUUCAAGGCUUUUCGCAGAGGUUUUCAUAUGGUGACCAAUGAAUCUCCCUUAAAGUACUUAUUUAGACCAGAAGAAAUUGAAUUGCUUAUAUGUGGAAGCCGGAAUCUAGAUUUCCAGGCACUAGAAGAAACUACAGAAUAUGACGGUGGCUAUACCAGAGACUCUGUUCUGAUUAGGGAGUUCUGGGAAAUCGUUCAUUCAUUUACAGAUGAGCAAAAAAGACUCUUCUUGCAGUUUACAACUGGUACAGACAGAGCACCUGUGGGAGGACUAGGAAAAUUAAAGAUGAUUAUAGCCAAAAAUGGCCCAGACACAGAAAGGUUACCUACAUCUCAUACUUGCUUUAAUGUCCUUUUACUUCCGGAAUAUUCAAGCAAAGAAAAGCUUAAAGAGAGAUUGUUGAAGGCCAUCACAUAUGCCAAAGGAUUUGGCAUGCUGUAAAUCAAAAUAAAAACACAAACAAAAAAAGGAAGAAAAAAUUAAAUUUUAAUAAAUAUAAUAAGAGGGAUAAAUUUGGUUGUGAUAGUGUCCCAGUAUAAAAAGGCUGUAAGAUAGUGAACCACAGUAGUCACCUCUGUCUGUGCCUCCCUUCUUUAUUGGGGACAUGUGGGCUGGAACAGCAGAUUUCAGCUACAUAUAUGAACAAAUCCUUUAUUAUUAUUAUAAUUAUUUUUUUGCGUGAAAGUGUUACAUAUUCUUUCACUUGUAUGUACAGAGAGGUUUUUCUGAAUAUUUAUUUUAAGGGUUAAAUCACUUUUGCUUGUGUUUAUUACUGCUUGAGGUUGAGCCUUUUUGAGUAUUUAAAAUAUAUAUACCAACAAAACUACUCUCCCAAGGAAAACAUUGCCACCAUUUGUAGACCAUGUAACCUUCAAGUGUGUGCUAUUUUUGUCCCUGUUAUCUAACACAAAUCAGGAACUGUAUUUUUUUUUUAACAAUUUGCUUUUGAAACUUGAAGUCUUUGAAACAGUGUGAUGCAAUUACUGCUGUUCUAGUCCCCAGAGUUUUCUGUGCAAAAUCUUAAGAUUUAAUAAAGAUGGAAGGGAGAACUUGGAAUGUUUUAACUGCAGCCCUCAGAACUUUAGUAACAGCACAACAAAUUAAAAACAACUCAUGCCACAGUAUGUUGUCUUCAUGUGUCUUGCAACCAACUGUUUGAGUAGCCAAUCCUUUCUUAGUAUAUGAAAGGACACAGAUUUUUUUUGUUGUUGUUCUUGUUAAGUUUACUGGGAAAAGUGCAUUUGGCCAAAUGAAAUGGUAGUCCAGCCUAUUUCAACAACGUUAGGAAGUUGCUUAUUAUUUAAAAAAAAAAAAAAAAAAGCAUGUGAAAGUGCACUUAAACUUUUUAUUAGUUAUUACCUAGAUUUUAAAUAGACAAUCCAAAGUCUCCCCUUCAUGUUUCCAUCAUUUUGUUUAAUCAACUGUUUUAGCAAGGCACAUGAUCAGUGUUGCAGCAUAUUGGAAAGGAUGGCUACUGUGCCUUGUGUUACUUAGACAGUAAGUAGACCUGGAAAGGAAUGGAGCUAUUACUCCUAAGAAUUACGUUGUGUGUCCCCAAAGAUUAAAUUUGCUUCAGAAAGUGUUAGAAUCACUUUCAUAUACUGUGGGUGGAAAAAGUCCAAAUAGGUUUAAAUUGCUGGCUGUUCAGAAGUAAGUAGUUUUCCCUUUCCUAAUAUUCUGUGUCUGUGAUGUUAUUUUCUUUUAUUGCAUUAUGAAAUAAAAGGAUUAUGUAUUUUUAACUAAGGAGAGAUACUGAUAUAUCCUUUUAAGACAAGCUACAGCUAAUGUGCUGAGCUUGUGCCUUGAUUGUUUUAACUGAUUACUGCAGAUCAGCCUGAUGAUUUGUUUGAAAUUCGUAGGAAAAAUACUGCUAUCGAAUCAGUGGACGGGAAAAAGGAUGUCUUUCAGGAUUAUUUUAAUUCUUUAAGUAAUUGAGAGAGAAUUGUUAAUGUACCAUAACACUUAAUAAAACAGUGGCAUUUUCACAAUUUAAUGGAUAAAGAAGAUAAUGCUUUCCAUACUGUGAUAAGGUAACGUGGGGUUUUUCUGGGCCAACUGUUAGAACACUGUAAAGGUAUGUAUACUACUUGAAGCAAGGGACCCUCACAUGAUGAUAGCAUCUUAAUCCAGGACCUCUCAUCCACUGUGCUUCUGAUGUAUAAUGUGAGAAGAAGAAAAAUUGAGUAUUAAUGGGGACAUUUUAUAAAAUAAAUUGGUGAAGAAAUUUGUGCUCUUUAGUUCUUAAGUUUUAUCACUACAGUAUUAGAGUUCUACAAUUGGAAUAAUGUCUGUAUGAAAUGUUUUUAAAUAAUAAUUGAAUAUAGGUGAUCACAUACAGGUAGACUUUUAACAAAGAGCCAACUAUCCUUAAAAUUUUAUUAAGAGUAAUCACUGGUUGUAGACAAGUAGUUCCCACUUGCUUAAUGAUAGUUAUCCUGAGCAUGUUAUCACCUCUCUUAUCAUUACUGCCUUUUCAAUUCACUAAAUGUCACUAAAUAUCUUGAGAAGUAAAUUUGACUGUAGUCUAGUAUGAUGGGUACACUCUGUACCCCAAAUAUGUUAUAAAAGUACUUUUUUGCUUAGAAAUUCCAUUAUAUAUUUUGAUUUUCUUUGAAUCAGCCCACAGUCUACAGGAAGCUCUGGGGGAUAAAAUUUACCAUAAACUUUCCUUUGCCUUAUGUUAUUACAGAAUAGUCCUACAUGAAACAUUAAAGCACAGCUGUGGCUAUACUUUUUCUGAAGCCUGGCAGCUCCAGUAUAUAAGUUUGGUGUCCCUUACUCUGUAUUCUGCUUUCUUGGGCUGUGAUUAAUGUAUGAUAAAAUCCAGUUACAGUAUCUUUAGCUUUGAGAUACAUGCGUUUGUACAGAUACAUAUAAAAAAGAAAAAUAAGGCUUCAGAUCAAGAAUGUGUUGAUGCUACUCAUUCAUUCUUCCACAGCCAACCCAACAAACAUACCUGGGCAAUAGCACACCCUGUUGCCAUAAGAACAUGGCUAUGCUGGGAUUUCAUGCCCCUUUCAGGAAUUUUUUUCAAGAAUUCAUGCUAUUUGUCUUCUCAUGGCUACUCUAUCUGUAAUCUUGAUCGCCUGUCUGCUUAACUCAAAAAUAUGUUUUCUGACCUUUCAUCAGCCUAAGGACUUUCUCCAACCUUCUCUGGAUCACCAAAGAAUCAACACAGAUUCUACCUGUUCCCUUUUUUGUCUUGCCUCCUUUUACUCACCCUGUUAGGGUGUAAAGAAUUUCCUGGAGAGGAGGGAGGGUAGUAAGUUUUGAGAUCAAGCUUUUUCCUCCCCUCCCUGUUCAGAUCAAAGGGUUGGCAUUUAUUCACGAUUACCACAAAAAUAUUUUGAUGCACAUGUGGGUGGAUUUCAUUGUAUGAAAGGCUGCUCAUCCAGUGGUGUUUCUCUGAAGAUGUAUUCCUCAAACAUAAUCUCAUAAUUACACAAUCAGAAACUCCUGUCCUUAACCUUUUUUUUUUUUUUUUUUUAGUUUUUUUUUUUUCUUUCGACAGGCAGAGUAAGACAGAAAGGUCUUCCUUCUGUUGGUUCACCCCUCAAAUGGCCACCACGGCCAGAGCUACGCCAAUCCGAAGCCAGGAGCCAGCUGCUUCGCCCCAGUCUCCAUGUGGGUGCAGGGCCCAAGCACUUGGGCCAUCCUCCACUGCCUUUCUGGGCCACAGCAGAGAGCUGGACUGGAAGAGGAGCAACCGGGACUAGAUCCCGGCACCCAUAUGGGAUGCGGGCUCUGCAGGUGGAGGAUUAACCUAGUGAGCCAUGGCGCCAGCCGUCCUGUCUUUAACCUUUAAUGACAUCCUAAACAUGGACUCCUUUUUCCAUUCCAAGGUAUACAGAUCUUAGGUGGAUCUUCUCCAGUUCUACAUAAAGUUCAUGUGUGAACUUCCCUGUGUGUCCCUUGUCAACCUCAGUAACUCCCAAAAACCCUGAUUUCUCUAUUUCUUGCCCAGACUUCGAUCUCCAGGAUGUCCUUCUUGCACCUCAAAGUGAAUCUACCUGAAAAUGAAGCUGUUAUCUUGCAUCUCUGCUAACCAUUCUUUGCUUCUUCCUUAAAGGUGUCACCUUUCCCUCAUCAAAAUGCUGUUCUUUAACUGUCAUAGGUAUUGAUCCUUUCCCUUCAAAUCUUUAUUGUCUCUCCUUCAUUAUACUUAGAUUAAGGCCCUGACUUUCUGACUCAUCUGGAUGCUCUUGGCUGAUAACUUCACUUCCUGACUCUUUCCACCUCCUUCUCUGGUUCUUUUCCAUUCUGCUGAAGUACAGGUUUGCUGCUAUUAAUAACCCCUACCCCAAGACUCACUCUGCAAUUCUGGCAUUCAAUGCUCUUCAUCUACCUUUCCAAUUUGCCUUCUAUUCCUAAGGCAUCUUACCUAGCAUCUUCACUCAUGCUUAUCUUGUAUUUCUUAGAUCCCCCUUAAGACCAAAUUUCAAAAGCACUUUGCCAGUAAAGAUUUAUUGACUCCCAAAGUGCCUCCAAAACCUCAGAGCAGCCCACACAUCCAUGAUAGCACAGCAUGGUGGGACAUAUUUUUUAUUUGAACACUGAGGAGUCAACUGAGAUUCUCACUGUCUCUGGCCGUUCUUGCUAAGAUCCUAUCCACAUUUAGGUUCGAUUAUGAAGCUUCUGCUUAUUUUUGGUAUGUAACCACUGCCUGGAGUAUAAACAUAUUCAUGGUCAAGAUUUUUUUUUUUUUAAUCUUUCUGCUUCUUACACACAUAGUAGAUGCAUAAAUGACUUAGUUAAAAGUUUGGCUCUAUCCCCUCACAUCCCUUCCCAAGUUACCUCUUACUACUCAGUAAUUGGAAAUGACCUCCCUGCAUUAAAAUGCUCAGUGAAGCUUGCUAAUUUUUCACUAAAGUCAGUCUCUGUUCCUCCUCCCCCCCACAGAGGCUUUUGACUUAAUAUUUAGUAAUUAAGAAUAUUCUCACUGAGGAAGUGGAAUCCCUGUCCUUUCAAGCUGUAGAAAGGAAGAUCAAUACAAAGGAUGAAAAGGUCUGAGUCCAUGACAGCAAGAUUUUGGCAUGAUUUUCCCCACCCUACACUUCUGAUGUGCUCUGGCAACAAACUCUGAUAACGUGAUCACCUUCUCUAACAAUUCUCAUCCUGUAUCACCCAGGGGAGAUGGGGUCAACCGUCUUGUCCUGUUGCCAGCGACUCAAAUCUGUCAAGGAGCAAUACUCAGCCAAACGCUGCUUUCCUUGCUAAAUCAAGCACUACUCGUGAUGAAUGCCUGCUUUAUGUGAGAGCCACACUUAACAUUUUCUCAUACUUCCUAACUGUAACCCUGUUAGGAUCUCACAGGACCUAAAUUAUAGUGCACGCCAAGUACCUUGUUUAUAUGAUACGAUUGUUAGUCUUUAUGGAAUGGUUCCCUAUGGCCCAUGCAUGCCCCUUGCCCAAGCCACAAAGCCAUCAAACAGGGCUGAACCUUUGCCCAUCUAAUAUCUUCCUGUCGCCAAAACUCGAGAUUCCUAGGUUCAGCCAAACAGUACCUGGAAUAAUUAUUAUCCAGUCCACUGAAAACCAACAGGAAAUGGAAUGGGAUUUGCCUGGUAAAUAGCAUACAGUGUUGAGGGUGAAACCUUUGCAGUCUGAUAACUGAGUCCUUGCCUUGCCAUUCCUAUGGCUUAAAUUAUACCCAAUCGUACCUUAUCACUGGUUGUCAGGAUUCAAUGAAAUUGAAAUACAGAUGCUAGAUAACAUCUUGCAAGACAUCCUGGAGAGACUGAGAUGGAUUCUCCCAACAUUAAGAAAUAAAGAGAAGGGAGAGUCUUUAUUGAGAGGUUGCAGGAAUUGAAUUUCCUUCAUCCACUUCAGAAUGGAAGAAUGUUUUCCCUGAUCUUUAAGAUGUAAUCAUACCAUAAAAAGUAACCCUUUUUAAAAUGUAAUUCUAAGUAUAGUCAGUAUUGUGCAGUCAUUGCCAUGUAAUUCCAGAGCAUUUUCAUCACUACAGAAAGAAAUUGUGCACAAAUUAGGAGUGACUGCUGCUUAUUAGCCCCUGACAACCACUAAUCUACAUUCUGUAUAUGGGUAUAUGGAUUUGCCUGUCUUGGACAUUUUCAUAGCAAUGGAAUCAUGCAAUAUGUGGCCUUUUGUGUCUUUUUGCCCCACUUAGAAUAAUGCUUUCAAGGUACAUUGAUUUUGUAGCAUGUAUCAGUGCUUCAUUUCUUUCUGUGGCUGAAUGUCAUUGUAUUGACAUACCAAAUUUUUUGUUGGUACAUUUGUUGAUGGAUGCUUGUGUUUCCAUUUUAAUACUACAACUAUGAACAUUUGUGUAUGAGUUUUUAUGUGGACCUGAGUUUUCAUUUCUUUAGGUUAUAUACCUGGAAGUGGAAUUGCUGGGUUAUAUUGUAACUUUAUGUUCAGCCCUUUGAGGAACUGCCAAACUUAUCCCAAAUGGCUACAUUAUUUUACAUUCCUACCAGCAGUAUAUGAGUUCCAAUUUCUCCCCAUCUUUGCCAAAACAUUUAUCUCAUUGUGAUUCUAGCUAUCUUAGUUGGGUGAAGUGGUAUGUCAUGGUUUUGGUUGUAUUUCCCUUAAUGACUAAUGAUGUUGAGCAUCUUUUAUGUGCUUAUUUGUCAUUUGUAUAUCUUUGGUGAAAUGUCUGUUGAGAUCCUUUGUCUAUUUUUAAGAAUUCAGUUGUCUUUUUAUUACUGGUUUUAAAAAAUAUAUUCUGGAUUACAGGUCCCUUACCAGGUAAAUAAUUUGCAAUUUUUCCCCCAUUUUGUGGGUGGUAUUUUCAUUUCUUGAUAGUUUCCUUUGAAGCACAAAACUUUUUAAUUUGAUGUCCAAAUCACCUAUUUUUCCUAUUGCUGCUUGGUGCUUUGGUGUCAUAUCUAAGGAACCAUUGCCUAUUCCAAGUCAUGAAGAUUUGUGCUUGUUUCAAGCAUCUAAUAGUUUUAGCUUUUAGUUUUAGGUCUUUGGUCCAUUUUUGUAUUUGGUGCAUAUAGGGGUCCAACUUCAUUCUUUCGUAUGUGAAUAUCUAGUUUGUCCAAGCACCAGUUGUCAAAAAGUCAUUUCCCCUAUGAAUGGUCUUGGCAUCCAUGACAAAAGUUGACUGUAAAUAUAUAAAAUUUUAUUUUUGAACUCAAUUUUAUUCCAUUGUUCUAUAUGUGUAUCUUAUUCCAGUACUGCACUGUCUUGAUUAUUGUAGCUUUUAAUGGGAUUUGGAAUGUGUGAGUCCUUCAACUUUGUUCUUUUUCAAAGUGAUUUUUGUCUGUUUAGGUCCCUUGCAUUCCAUAUGAAUUUUAGGAUCAAUUUGUCAAUUUCUGUAAAACAGGCAGCUGGAAUUUUUUAUAGUGAUUGUGUUGAAUCUGUACGCAAAUUUGAGGAAUGUUGUUAUUUUAACAGUAUUAAGUUUUUCAGUUCCCGCAACAUAGAAUGUCUUUCCAUUGUUAUGGUCUUUAGUUUCCUUCAGUGAUGUUUUAUAGAUUUCAGUGUACAAAUCUUGACCUCGUUGGUUAAUUUUUUUCCUAUUUUAUUCUUUUUAGUGUUAUUACAAACAAUUGUUUCUUAAUUCUCAUUUUUGAAUUAUUGAUGGCUAAUGUCUAGAAAUACAAAGGAUUUUGUAUGCUGAUCUUGUAUACUGUAGCUUUUCUGAAGUCAUUUAUUCUAAUACUUUUUUUUUAAUUGCUUAAGAUUUUCUAUAUACAAGAUCAUGCAUCUGUGAAUAGAAAUACUUCUUUCUUUCCAAUCUGGAUUCUUUUAAUUUUAUUUUCUUGCCCAAGUGCCCUGGCCAGCACCUCCAGUAAAAUAUUAAAUAGAAGUGGCAAGAACAGCCAUCUUUUACUUGUUCCUGAUUGUAGGGGGAAAGCAUUCAGUCUUUCACCAUUAAGUAUGAUGUUAGUUGUGGGUUUUUCAUAGAUGCUUCAAGCUGAGGAAAUUCCUAUCUGUUCCUAGUUUGUUGAGUGUUUUUAUCAACAAGGGUAUUGGACUUUGUCAAAUGCUUCUGUAUCUAUUAAGGUUGUCAUGUAGUUUUUGUCCUUUAUUGAUAUGUUGUAUAACAUUGAUGGAUUUUUGUAUAUUGAACCAAUCUACAUUCCUGGAAUAAUCUCACUUGUCCAUGCUAUAUAAACCAUUUUCUAUGCUGCUGGA